UGGUGACGCAUUUAGAACGUCGCGUAAAUGACAGGAAACGGUUUCCAAGGAAGAGUUCUGCUUUUAAAAUGGAUAAUACAUCGCUUUAUUACAUACGUAUGUGAGGAGACGGGACGCAGACCUUCGUAUUUAAUCUGAUUCCAAGCAAACUCUUCUUUUGAAACAGGCGCUGGCAGGAUUUUCCCUGCUGGUUUGCUAGCAGGACCGUCUGGUCGGAUUCUUGCUAUAAAAGAGCUUUAAAAAUAUCAGCAACAGUCAAAUCGGCAGUCGUUUAUAAUCGUAUCCUUGUGCAUUUCUAAACGCUUUACGACUUCACUACCAGCAGAAGCAGUGAUGUGGAUAUGAAGACUGUCUACUAGCUGUAAUUUAACCAGAACUCUACAUAAUUUUAUUCUACGAGCGAACAAAACUCGGUCUGUUAUUGACCUUACACACACACACACAUAUAUAUAUAUAUAUAUAUAUAUGCACACACACAUCCUAAAGACAACGUGCGUGAGGUAGUAUUAAGUGCAUCAACAACAAACUACCGUUAGACAUCUCAGUCUGUAGCAUGGUUGCUCGAUGCUAAGGAGGAUGUUUAUACAGCACAACUUGCUGACCGAUAUUAGGUAGCUAACAACUGGAUGGCGCUUCCGCUGAGUUUCAAUAUGAUAUAUCUGCAUUACAGGAGGCGCGUGAUCUUUUAGUAGGAGCAGAGAGAGAUAAUUAAUUAUGUGCUUACGAUAGCUGUGUCAUCGUGCUAUCAGUCACCAUCACUGCUUAUCAUUUUGGGGGCUUAUAGUUUUGAAACACCCGUGAUCCACUGAACUGUUGGGCAAUGGCGGGUGUUGGGGUCAGUGUGUUGUCCCGGGGUCAGCUGCCGUCUGUAUCCUCCAACUCUUCACGCACUGAUGUUGAUACCAGGGGCUGCUCCAACGGGGACUUCAUGGACUCCUUUGGCAUCUUCCUGCAGGGCCUGCUGGGAGUGGUGGCCUUCAGCACACUUAUGUUGAAACGCUUCAGGGAGCCCAAACAUGAACGGAGACCCUGGAGAAUCUGGUUUCUGGACACCUCCAAACAGGCCAUAGGGAUGCUGUUCAUUCACUUUGCUAAUGUCUACCUGUCUGACCUCACAGAGGAGGACCCAUGUUCACUAUACCUCAUCAACUUCCUAUUGGAUGCGACGCUGGGUAUGCUGGUAAUCUAUGGUGGCAUAAAAGCUGUUAGUGCCGUGGUUGAAUGGAGACAAUGGGACUCGUUACGAUUUGGAGAGUAUGGUGAGCCAGUGCAGUGCAGUGCCUGGGCGGGUCAGUGUGCUCUCUAUAUCCUCAUCAUGAUGUUUGAGAAGGUCAUGAUCAUGCUGGUCCUCCUCAUCCCACAAUGGAAGAAGCUGGCUACGCUCAACCCCAUUACGAACCCUCAUCUGGAGCUAGCUAUCGUCAUGCUAAUUGUCCCAUUUUUCGUGAACGCUCUGAUGUUCUGGGUAGUAGAUAACUUCCUAAUGAAGAAGGGCAAAACAAAAGCCAAACUGGAGGAGAGAGAGGUGGGAGAUGAUCCUCGCGGCAAUAGCAAAGUGCGCUACAGACGGGCCCUCUCACAUGAUGACUCUGAAUCAGAAAUCCUGUUCUCUGCAGAUGACGAAAUGGAGGAUUCAGAUGGUGACGACGAUGUACGAAGAAUCACAGGGCUCAAGCCUGUUAAGAAAAAGAAACACCGUCUUGGUAUCCAAGUCUGAGUUGCAAUAUAGACUUGAGGCCUCCUUCAUUCCCAUGACCCCCACCUCAUUUACUUGAGCUUUACACCUGAACGUGGAUCAGCAAAUGGUGGGCGUAAUGACUAUAAACUCUAAAGUUGCACGGGAGCAAUUUCACUAUGAAUUCAUAAAAGGACUAGGGUCUAGUCUGUCACAAACGCUUUGCAUUUACACCCAUGCAUACACAUUAGAGGUGCCUCCUCCUAAUUGGAGACAUAGUUGAGGUAUGUUGAAGGUGAUGAGGAUUUCUGAGCAGCCUGUUGGGGAUGAUUGGACCACAGAAUAUUUUCAGUCAGUCUGAUUUUUGCACAUUCACGAUCUGUAAUGUGCUGCUUUUUCAAGCCUAUGCAUGAUCGCCUCGUGGUCCUAUAUCGGAUGUACAACAGUGGGAGAUCUUGGCUACAACAUCUCCCCUAUGUAUUUAUCCAGCCUUUAAACUGAGAAACGAAUUUAAACCUUUCAAUAAGUUUUAUUCCAUGUGUCCAUCUACCUUUACAAAUAACACACUACUCAGAUAAGUACCUUAGACAUAUGUUUGUGACUGCGAUGCUGGCAUAGCCAAACUGGUCAAGGUUAAAGCACAUUUGCAAGUGUAACUGUAGAGUUGAGUUGUUUUCGGAAUUGCGCUGAUAAAUGUUAAGAUAUAGGAUUUGCCAGCAGCAUUACAAGCCCCUGAUGUUAUAAUACAGCUGGGUACGGUCUGUUUGCAUUGUCUCGGUUUAACCUUUAGGCAACAGACAGAGACGAGUCAAUGAGAAGGGUACAUAAAUCCAAGGUACAUAAAUGGAUGAAUCUGUGAUUGCAUGCUUGUCAGAUUGUUUUUUUAUAAAGUGUAUCUGCCUUGAAAGUUCAGUGUCACCGUUUUUCUGGCACAAGUGUGAUUUUUUUUUUUUUUACUGUUGUGAAUGUAUUUGUUGUUUUGUUGUAUUUGUGUGCAAGUCUUUUGUUUCCCCUCACCUUUUUGCUACUCAUUCAAGGGUAGAUAUUUGGUGUAGGAUGCUUAGUAACCUCUUGCACAGUUCUGUGUUUCAUUGUGGUCUUUGUGUUAUUUUGUAUGCAGUAUUACCUUCGGGUUUUGUACGUUUUGAAGUACAACAACUUGUCUGUCUAACACUAAUCUAAAGGGUAUUUGUUCCAAAUUCUUUCUCCCAACACACUUUUUUUUUUUUUCUCUGUUUAGGACUUGGUUUUAUUCCAAAACUAAAGCACAGACACUUUCAGAGUGAUGCCUUUAUACCAUGCACUCUGCAGAAUCGAGAGUGCAUAUCUCAGAUUAUUGUUUAUAUUGCUUAUUCUGAAGAAUGAGAAAUGAGGAAGACGCCUGAAGGUUUUCAUUCUUGGUUUAGGAUGUUUUAUAGAGAACUUUUCUGUACACUUUUGGCCUUGAGUGGCAGUGAGAGAACUGUGAGUAAAACCAACCGUAUUUUAAUGCUCCAGCACGUUAACUGACAUUAACAGACCAAGACUGUGUGAAUGACCAUACUAUGUUUGCAUACAGUACAUGUUUGUAUGUGUGUGUUUUUACAGGGAUACGUUACAUACAUUUGAAACCAGGCUUUCUGGGUCAGGCCUGCUGGAUGAACAUAGGUACUUAUAAUUAGGAUUUUGUCUUGAUGGAAAUGUUACUGCCUUUCUCUCUCCAGGUUGACUCUGCAAUUUAUGUUAGAUUUGGUGGUGAGAAAGAACCAAAUAUGAAAUGGAGAGGGGUUUUAAGUACUAAACUAUAUUAGAUUAUUAAAAUUACUGACAAAUUGUGAUCUUGCAUUACUAUGUAUGCAUUUUUCAAUAAACAAAGUAAAAAAUA